UGUUCUUCAAUGUUGAAGGUUUCAUUAGAAUUAUAAUCAUAUCCCUUUCAAUUUUUGAGGCUAAAAUUUAAUUCAAGCCCUGUCAUCUCUUGGCCAUAGAGCUGAGCUACCGCUUAUUAGCCCACUUCUUGUGUUAGUCUCCAAGACAAAACAGAGCUCACCCGAUAAAAACACUACCCUGCGCCGGCUUCCACCACCAUCACCGCCACAGCCGCCCCUGACGGUAUCCUUCAGACCUCAAGCAUUGGUUAAUUAUCUCCGCCGACCAUGAAGUGUUGAUUCUCUUCCCCGUUCUUUGGAAAUUCAAGAAAAGAACAGAAUUGUAAUUUUCAACUCUUCAGUCUUUUUAUUAUGGAAGUGGAAGUGAAACUUCGCCUCCCAGAUUCAAAUGCCCACCAAAAGCUCUCCGCCGUGCUCUCUCCUUUCCAAGUCAAAACCUUGGCCCAAGAAAACAUCUUUUUUGACAGCAAAAACUCCCAACUCACCUCAAAUCUCGCUGUUCUCCGCCUCCGCUUCUACAAUCUCGAUUCACACUGCGUCCUCUCCCUCAAAGCCAGACCCACCAUGUCCAACGGCGUGAGCCGCGUGGAGGAGCAGGAAGAGCCCCUGGACCCACAAAUUGGACGCAUGUGUGUCGCUGAACCAUGGCGGCUAAGCACGUUGGAGAGCUCAAAUAUAAUGGGAAGAGUUAGAGAGGAGUUUGGGGUUAAAGAGAAUCAAGGGUUUGUAUGUUUGGGUGGGUUUAGAAAUGUGAGGCAGGUGUUUGACUGGAAAGGGUUAAAGUUGGAGCUUGAUGAGACUAUUUAUGAUUUUGGAACUAGUUAUGAAAUUGAGUGUGAGAGUAAAGAGCCUGAGAGGGAUAAGAGAUUGAUUGAAGGGAUGUUGAAGGAGAAUGGGAUUGAGUUUUCCUACUCUAAGGUUAACAAAUUUGCAGUGUUUAGAUCAGGGAAGUUGCCCCAGUAAGACAGAAGUGAACUCUGGUUUGUGAAUGAUAUUUUCUGAGUAUUGAGUAGUUAAUUCAUAUGUGAUAAACUCUUUUUUUGCUUUAUUAAUGGUGCAUUGCAAUUUAUCUUUGGUUGGUUAA